AGAUUCCAGGUUGACUUCCACGAAUCCCGCACGUAUCCACAAACCCGACCCGAAUUCAAAGAAAUUGCUGCAUAUACACUGUGAGAAACUGAAGAGAGAAAAAGCGAGGCGCAUCGUCCAUUUGGAAAUUGGUUUAGAGCAUAUUCGUCUUGGAAUCCAGGGAAUUAGUAAAAUUUUCUGCUGGGGCAAUGGCCGUUACAGUGAAGCAGAUGUCUUUGAUAGUGGCCUUUUUUGGUGUAUUGUCCUUCAUAUUUGGAGUUGUUGCUGAGAAUAAGAAGCCUGCUUCUGGAACUCCAAUCACAGGAAAAGAUGUUGUUAUCUGCAAGUACCCUUCUGAUCCAACAGUUGUUUUAGGAUAUCUGUCUUUUGCAUUUCUCAUUGCAUCUUCACUGGCUGGAUUUCUGUCAUUGUUUUACCCCUACAAAGGAAAGUCCCUUCCACAAGGGGCUUUGUUCCGAAGCUCUAGCUUCAUUGUAUUCUUCAACAUUUCUUUGUUUACAGCCGGACUUGCUGCAGCACUGUUGUUGUGGCCAACAAUUACAGAGCAACUCCACUUGAAAAACAACGUUCAUCACAAUCUUAAAACAGAAUGUCCCACUGCUAAGACCGGUCUCCUUGGUGGUGGUGCUUUUGUGUCCCUUGAUUCAGCCCUCUUCUGGUUGGUUGCCCUUAUGUUGGCUGACAAUGCUAGAGAGGACUACUUUGAGGAGGUAGAAAAUGAUACUAAGGGUGAAUACGGGCAGAUCACCACAGCUCAAUAUGAUUCUCAGCUAAGUCUGAAGGGAAGUGCGUGAAGUUUAUGAUGUUCAGCAAGAACAACUUUAAAAGUUAAGAUGUCUUUCUCUUUGCUGGUUCAGACUUCAAAUUUUAUACUUAAAAGUUAUCAGCUACUGCUCUUUAAGUUUUUAUGCAAUGAAAAUCGAAUUUGUAAUUAAUAUUCAUGACCAUUCUCUACUUUUCGUUUUCUUUGUUUAGGUGGUUUAUUGGGUAAAUGUAGCAUGCUUAACACUUUAGUGUUGCCAUUCAAUAAGGCUACUUCAUUUGACUUA